UUCUAACCAGUAUUAUAUGCUGACUAGGUUCCAAUACAAAGCACUGUUUCCAGUCAUUGUGGUCUCUCACACAUCUCUUUCAACACCAUUUUCAUGCCUGCAAGCAAAAAGUUAGAACUGUAAUGAUAAUAAAAAAACAUACACCUAUACUCUAUAGCUUAUUUAUUUAGUACUCCACCCUUACCCUCUUGUCCUCCACCGACCUGCAUUUUCACUCUUGAUUCCCUGAAACUAUGUGUUCUUCAUCAUGGAAAACCAUGGCGGUCGCUUUGUUAUUGAUAGAGCUGUGGUUUACCAUUGAAUCUUCUUUAGCUCACCCUGAUAAAAUUGUUAAGCUUCCAGGGCAACCCCCUCGCUUGAGCUUUCAACAGUUUUCAGGGUACGUUACGGUGGAUUACAAGAAGCAUAAAGCCCUGUUUUACUACUUUGUUGAAGCUGAAACAGAUCCUGCUUCUAAGCCUUUAGUCCUUUGGUUAAAUGGAGGGCCUGGCUGUUCUUCACUUGGAGUUGGGGCAUUCUCUGAAAAUGGGCCAUUCAGACCAAAUGGAGAGUUUCUAGUUAAAAAUGAUUACAGCUGGAACAGAGAAGCUAAUAUGUUAUAUUUAGAGACACCAAUUGGAGUAGGGUUUUCUUAUUCCACAAACACCUCUUCUUAUGAAGCAGUGGAUGAUGAGAUCACUGCCAGGGACAAUCUUGUGUUCUUGCAAAACUGGUAUAAUAAAUUUCCAAAUUACAGGCACAGGGAUUUAUAUAUUACAGGAGAAAGCUAUGCAGGCCAUUAUAUUCCUCAACUUGCAAAACUUAUGGUUGAAUUCAACAAGAAGCAAAAUCUGUUCAAUUUAAAAGGAAUUGCUCUUGGUAAUCCAGUUCUGGAAUUUGCAACUGAUUUCAAUUCAAGGGCAGAAUAUUUCUGGUCCCAUGGAUUGAUAUCGGACUCGACCUACAAUAUGUUCACUUCCGUCUGCAACUAUUCUCGAUAUGUCAGCGAGUACUAUAGAGACUCGGUUUCACCGUCUUGUUCGAAAGUGAUGAGUCAAGUAAGCAGAGAAACCAGUAAAUUUGUGGACAAAUAUGAUGUUACACUUGAUGUCUGCAUAUCAUCAGUGCUCUCACAAUCAAUGGCUAUAAAUCCUCAGCAAGUAUCUGAAAGGGUAGACGUAUGUGUCGAAGACAAGAUCGUGAAUUAUCUAAACCGAAAGGAUGUCCAAAAAGCUCUUCAUGCUCGGCUUGUUGGAGUCCGCCUAUGGACCGUGUGCAGCAACAUACUGGAUUAUCAGCUGCUGAACCUCGAGAUGCCUACAAUCUCCAUUGUUGGUUCACUAAUCAAAUCCGGGAUACCAGUCUUGGUUUACAGCGGAGAUCAAGAUUCUGUUAUACCAUUGACGGGAAGCCGCUCCCUGGUAAGCCGACUGGCAAAGGAGUUAGAACUUGAAACAACUGUGCCUUACAGAGUUUGGUUUGAAGGGAAACAGGUUGGUGGAUGGACUCAAGUUUAUGGUAAUAUCCUGUCAUUUGCUACAAUCAGAGGUGCUUCUCAUGAAGCUCCUUUCUCACAGCCUGAAAGAUCACUCAUGUUAUUUAAAUCAUUCCUUGAAGGGAAGCCUCUACCAGAAGUUUUUUGAAUCAAUAAGUUCAUGUUCCAUUAUAAUUUGUUUGAGAAAAAACACAAAAUCUGUUUGUCUCAAAUUUGCAUAAACCUGAAAAAAUGAAAGUUGAGUGCAAAUUUUCCUUUUUAAAUCUGGUUUUUGUUGACAUGUGAAAAAAAAAAUUGUAAAUAGAUGUUGGAAGAAAUCAUGGAAUGCCAAUAUGCUCUCUGCAGUUUUCAGCUA